AUGGAAACAUCUGUGGUCUGGGUAGUUGUGGGCAUCUUUAAUCUUAUAAAAAUCAUUAAAAAAAUUUAUCACUUGGGGCACUUGGCGUCUGGCUGCAAGACUGGCCUGUCCAUCCUUAACAGCGAUUUGGCCAAUUUAGGGGCUGAAUGCCUCCGGAUGCUGAACUCUGCCAAGUAUUUGCACCUGGACGUAAUGGAUGGGCAUUUAGUUCCCAACAUCACCUUUGGGCACCCUGUGGUAGAAAGCCUCCGAAAGCAGCUAGGCAAGGACCCUUUCUUUGAUAUGGACAUGAUGGUGUCCAGGCCAGAACAGUGGGUAAAACCGAUGGCUGUAGCAGGAGUCAAUCAAUAUACCUUUCAUCUUGAGGCUACUGAGAACCCCAGGGCUUUGAUUAAAGGCAUUCGGGAGAAUGGGAUGAAGGUUGGCCUUGCCAUCAAACCAGGAACUACAGUUGAGUAUUUGGCGCCAUGGGCUAAUCAGAUAGAUAUGGCCUUGGUUAUGACAGUGGAACCUGGGUUUAGAGGGCAGAAAUUCAUGGAAGAUAUGAUGCCAAAGGGUCAUUGGUUGAGGACCCAGUUCCCGUCCUUAGACAUAGAGGUCGAUGGUGGAGUAGGUCCUGACACUAUCCAUAAAUGUGCAGCGGCAGGAGCUAACAUGAUUGUGUCUGGCAGUGCCAUUAUGAGGAGUGACGACCCCAGAUCUGUGAUCAACCUGUUAAGAAAUGUUUGCUUAGAAGCUGCUCAGAAACGUUCUCUUGACCGAUGA